AAGUAAAGAACUAAAAACUAAAGGAAAAUAAUGAAAAUGUAAACAAAUACACGUGUUUUUGAGUGUUCUGUUUUUGGGGUAUUGAGUGUUGAAUAAAAUGGGAACCAAGGCAAAGCUAAAGGAAUCAUUCGAUGUAGAAUCUAAACACGGAGCAUUCUAUACUGGCGGCAAUAUCGAGUGGUUCGAAGAUAUCAUUUACUGUCAAAACAAUGCGAGCAUAUCACUGUUGAAUACAGAAAAUGGCCUAGUAGAAAAGAUAAUUGGAGAAGAAAAUUCUGACGAUGCAGACUUCAUCCAAACAUUCAUCACAGAUGGAAAUCGAAUUGUUUCUUCGCACAAAAGUGGCCUGUUCAAAAUGUGGAAUCAGAACGGCGAAAUCGAAAAGAUGUGGAAAUACAUACACCAAGGCCCAGUUGCCAAGUUGGCUCUAAUGGGAGACAACUUAGCAAGCGGUGGAUCAGAUGGAGUCGUGAGAAUUUGGGAUCUGCAGUUUCAGAUAUGUAAAUCAGGCCUGAAGGGUUGCCAAGGCGUUACCAACGUUGUCGAAUUCCACCCUUCAGAUGACUAUGUCUUCGCCUCCGGAGAUGAUGGAAAAAUCAAUUGUUUCGACCUUAGUAAUGGAAAACUGUCAACCGUCCACCAAGCCCACUAUAGUAAAGUUACUUCACUCGUAUUUGCGCAUGACAAGUCACAUUUCAUGAGUUGCGGCAGGGACAAAGUAGUGAUUCUGUGGAAAUUCGGGAACACUGUUCCUCUACGUACGGUACCACUCCACGAGGCUGUUGAAGUGAUAGUCAGCUUACCGAACAAAUUCAAACUCCCAGGUGGUUUCAAAGCAGAACCGGAUGGUCUCUAUGUAGCAUCAGCUGGCGAAAAGGGAUUGGUGAGAGUGUGGGAUGUGAAGAAAGCUAGAGAGGUGUUUGCUCAGACAAGUUCACUGGUAACACCAGCUGUUGAAGGAGGAAUAGCAGUGACGCACUUGAGGCUCGAUGAGAAGACCAAAUCGAUAGCACUAGCAACUGUGGACCAGAAUAUCAUCAUACACCAUUUGAAAUCAUUCGCUUGUUUGAAACAAUUCAUCGGAUUUUCUGACGAAAUUCUCGAUAUCACUUAUGUAGGAAAGAAUGAGUCUUACUUGGCAGUAGCUACAAACUCGAAUGAUAUCAAACUUUAUGACAACGCUUCAAUGAACUGUGUUCUCUUGAAAGGCCAUACUGAUUUAGUUCUCUCACUCAGCACCAGUAAGACUAACCCAGAUUUGAUGUUGUCAUCCGCCAAAGAUAACACAGUGAGGUUAUGGGUCUUGGAAGGUUCUACAAUGAGUUGUAUCGGAGUCGGUCUACGUCAUACAGCUUCUGUUGGCUCAGUAGCUUUCAGUCAAACCAGCUCCGAUUUCGGAGUUUCUGUGGGGCAAGACACAUGCCUGAAAGUGUGGGAAAUAUCUGUGAAAAACGAGAAAAGUGAAACUUUAAUUUGCUCACAUACCACGAUAGCCCACGAAAAAGAAAUCAACUGCGUUGCGGUAUCACCGAACGACAAGUUGAUUGCGACAGCGUCACAGGACAAAACGGCCAAACUGUGGACUAACUCCCUGGAGUUAGUGGGAGCCUUGAGAGGCCACAAAAGAGGAGUGUGGUGCAUAAGAUUCUCCCCAGUCGAUCAGGUGGCCGUGACUUCUUCAGCCGAUUGCACCAUCAAGCUGUGGUCUGUGGCAGAUCUGAGCUGUCUCAAAACGUUGGAAGGCCACGAUGCCAGCGUUCUGAGAGCUGAGUUCCUCUCUUCUGGUAUGCAGAUCAUCAGCGCCGGAGCUGACGGUCUAUUGAAGCUGUACUCCAUCAAAACUUCCGAGUGUGUUUGUACUAUGGAGCAGCACGAUGCUAGAGUCUGGGCGCUGGCUGUCAAAUCGGAUGAGUCCAGGAUAGUGACAGGUGGCAGUGAUUCGGUGCUGAUCAAAUGGAAGGACGUUACUGAGGAGAUGCGGGUUAAGAGAAUCCAGGAAGCUGAAGAGUUGGCUUUGCAGGAACAGAAACUGAGCAACUAUUUGCAGGACGAAAAUUUCUUGAAAGCUUUGAAGCUAGCUCUGAAGCUAGAUCGACCAUUACAAGUGUUGAGGAUCGUUCAGAACGUGAUUAAAAAGAGCGAUACUGGUUUGGCUGAUACCAUAAAGUCAUUGCGAAAUGAUCAGAAAGAAGGUCUUUUGAAGUAUGCUGUUAAUUGGAAUAUGAAUAGCAAAUAUUGUCAUCCUGCCCAGCUGAUAAUAAAUAUUUUAAUGGGUGAAUUGCAAACAGGCGAAUUCAGACCAAUAGGAUUGAGCUCAGCGAUCGAAGCUGCUUUGCCGUAUACGGAGAGGCAUUUCAGGAGAUUGACGAAUUUGAUGCAAGAUAUGCAUUUUGUUAAUUAUACUAUAAACUGUAUGAAACCAUAUAUUAAAAAAGUUAACUGAU